AUGUCUGGUGUGAUUCCAAAGUCAUUAGAGGCACAUAAGAAGCUAGACUUCCUUAAUGUCUCAUUCAACAGGUUACACGGGGAAAUUCCGAUUGGAGGACCUUAUAUUAAUCUCUCUUACCAAUCUUUUAUAUCGAAUGAAGGAUUGUGUGGGACUGCCUCUGUGAUAGUUUUCGUGUUGAUGAGAUGCCGAGGUAAAACAAUCAAUGCUGAAGAGGAGUGGUCACCUGAGGUAGUGGAUGGUUUUGUUUACAAAGGGACAUUAGCAGAUGGGAUGACUGUAGCUGUCAAAGUUUUCAAUGUGCAGAUGGAAGGCACAUUUCAAACCUUCGACAGAGAAUGUGAAAUCUUUAGAAAUCUUCGUCACAGAAGUCUCACCAAAAUCAUUAGCAGCUGUUGUAACUUGGAUUUUAAAGCAUUGCUACUUGAGUACAUGCCAAACAAGAGCUUAAACAAGUUGCUAUAUUCUCGAGAUUACUGUUUAACUAUAAUGCAGAAAUUGAAUAUCGUGUUCGACGUUGCAUCUGCUUUGGAAUUUCUCCAUCAUGGUUACUCAGUUCCGGUUAUUUGCUGUGAUCUUAAGCCUAGCAACGUGUUAUUUGACAACGACAUGAUGGGACACCUUACUGACUUUGGCAUUGCCAAACUUCUAAGAAAGGAAGAAUCUAUUGCUCACACUACAAUCUUCGCUACAAUUUUGUUACAUUGCUCCAGUUGA